AUUUUAUCACCACUAUUCAUUGGCUAAGCCAAGACUAGGUAGCAGCUAAUUGGUAUUUAAUUAGACAACCAAAGCCGCAAGAGUCAGUCAGCAAGGAAGAUGGCAACAACCUUCAAGUACUUUACUUCCAUCCUCUUCCUCACCCUCGUCAUCAAAGGGUCAUGUGAUGACUGUUCCUUGAACAACAUCAAUAUUGGCACAUCAAGAACUGGGAGAGAAAUCCAGGGCCAGCCUGAGUGGAACGUGACCGUGAUCAACAAUUGCAACUGUGAACAGAGUCAGAUAAAGUUGUCUUGCAAAGGUUUUCAAAGUGCAGAAAGUGUUGACCCUUCAAUUCUUUCCAUGGAAGGUGAUAGCUGCUUACUCAUCAAUGGGAAUCCAAUGAAGGGUUCUGAUACUGUUAACUUCUCCUAUGCCUGGGAUCCUCCCUUUCUGCUUUUGCCUACAAGCUCUGUUUUAGGUCCUUGUUCAUAGGGAUUUGCUUAACAGAAUAUGAAAAAGAAAGAAAGAAAAAGCAAUAAUAAUGAUAAUAACUGUGAAUUUGAAGCAUGCUGUGGAUUUCAGUUCUAUGAACCUUUGAGUUUUCGUUGAUUUUGUAUAAUUUUAUUAUGUUUUGAUUGAUUUGCAGCUCCUAAUAAAACAGGAUAUAAAAAAUUAAUAUGAUUUUGAUCCAGAAUCAAUAUACAAAUCAAUGGAUAUCAAUUAUUGUGGUGGGUUAUAUUCCUAUGUAAUAUAUUGUAUUUUUUUAUGAAUGAUUAAAGUAUUGUAUGUUGUUA